CAACACACACACACACACCCCAACUUUGAGAACGCAACUGAAUUAGCCAUCAGAGGAGUAUUAGAAGCACUUCAUAAUUCAUACUCAGGUUCUUAUUGGCGAUUACCGAUUAGUAUAAUAUGAUGCCUCGUAUGGGCAAAAAGCAUUGUUGUGGAUCUUUAUUACCUCUUGAUGUGCUUGGUAACCUUCCUGAGAAUGUAAUUGAUGAUAUUCUUAUGUGUUUGCCUUUGCAAGAUGCUGUGAGGACAAGCAUCUUAUCCAAUAAAUGGAGAUAUAAGUGGUGCAGACUUCCAGAGUUGACGCUUGAUAAAACACUUUGGAAAAAUAAAAAGGAUUUAAGAUUCCUUACAAUUUACUUUAGAAAGAUUAUCCACCACAUUUUGACCCUUCAUUCAGGACCAGUUAAAAAGUUCGCUCUCUGUAUUGAUUUUUUGGAAAGUUCUCCAAGUAAUAUUGAGGACUUGAUGAUUUUUCUCUCUAGAAAUGGCAUCGAGCAUCUUCUUCUUAAACUUCCUAUCGAGAGGAACCCAUACGAAUUGCCUUCUUCAUUUUUCACAUGUUUGCAAUUGAGGCAUCUGACUCUCCAAAAUUGUCUUAUACUUCCUCCACCAUCCUUCAAAGGAUUUGAUAGGUUGAUUAGCUUGGAAUUACGUGAUGUAACAAUCUCUUCUAAGUUGCUUUGAAAGUUUAAUCUCUCAUAGCCCGUUGCUUGAGCAAUUGGUGCUGCAAAUUUCAGACAGUUUAACUGACGUCAUUGAAAUUAAUGCUCCCGUGCUGAGAACCUUCAACUUUACAGGCUGUAUAAGUUGUAUCUGCUUAAAAAGUGUUCCUCUUUUGGCGAAACUUUCACUUAAAGAUGCAGAAUUAUACUAUUUGAAGGCAGCAGGAAAAUGUGAUAUUGCAAAGUUUUUUGAACCUUUAUCUACUCUCGAGCAUCUCCACCUGGCUAACUUGUUCUUGUCUCCUGGAGCAGGUGAAAUACCACCAAGUAUUCCCUUUGUUCUUCACUCUGUCAAACGUCUUUGCCUAUCUGGUAUGUAUUUCGAUCCAUUGGAUGUGGUCACAUCUGCUCUUUGCUUGAUAAGAAGCUUCCCAAAUUUACAAUCUAUGGAAAUUCAGGUGGCGUUAUUUUACAAUGAUGUUCCUACUCCAGAAUCUCUUCAAGUGGAACGUUUCUCAAAUGUGACGUUUUAUCACCUCAGAGAAGUUAAGUUAGAAGGUUUUAUUGGCACAAAGCCUGAGAUGCAGCUUGUGGAGCUUCUCUUAGCCAAAUCUCCGGCGCUGAUUUUUCUAUGGGACAUGGAAAAUAUGGUCUUGCCAAGUUUUUCGAGUCUUUUCCUGCUCUCAAGGCAUCUCCACUUGGAUUAUUGUGGUGUCCAGUCCUUGGUUGCAGGUGAAGUACCAAAAGAGCUCCCCUCUGCUCUUACGCGUCUUUACUUCUCUGAUGUUUGUGUAGAUGAAGGUUGGACUUUAUGUGCUCUUUGCUUGAUCAGAAGCUCCCCAGAUUUACGAGAAAUUGAAAUUCAGGAAUAUUCUCAUUCUGAGAAGCAAGGAAAAGAGGAAAAACUUUUAAUCCAGGAACAAAGGAGAAGAAGAAGGUUUCUGAAAAGCCCAGUUCGUUUAGUUCAUCCAAAGAUGAGUUCCAGCAAAAGGGUUGGGAAGUCUUCUAAUUCAUCAGGAAAGCAGAAAGCUAUAUGCGAAACAACUACUACACCAAUGGUUGAUGAUAUAAAUGUAGGCGUAGAAGAUAUGGGGUUGAACUCUGAUCAAAAUGAUGGAUGGAUAGUGUGUGCUAGAAAGUCCAAGAACAAGGGUGGAAGUAGCAGUGCUGGAAAGAAGCCAUGGAUUCCUCAGAAUCCCGCUCCAAAAGCCAAACUGGGAAUGCGUAACAAUAUUGUUGGAUCAUCAGGACAGGGUUCUAGGAAUAACUGGUCUACACCAAAUUAUCAUCCUCGAAAACCUGCUGGCAGAGAAUGCUACACACCAUCACCCGCUGCAGUUCCUCCUGCCCUGAAGAAUGGUUGGGAUUGGUCAUCUGUCGCUCGUUCCAAUGAGGACCAAGAUACUUAUUCCCCUGUCGCUGAUGAUGUCAAGGCUUUCUGUGAACAUGAUGGGGAGGAUAAUGAAUCGGAUUUGCCUGAUGAUGACAGUGAUGAUGAGCUUCCGAGUGAUGACGACUUUGAUGAUCAGUCGGAUGUAAAUGAUGUGAGUCAUGAGAUACGCAAGGAAAGUCGUUGGUUCAGGAACCUUUUCAAAUGUCUUGACAGUUUGACUGUCACUGAGAUUAUUGAUCCGGAACGACAGUGGCACUGCCCUGCAUGCAAAGGUGGUCCGGGUGCAAUUGAGUGGUUUCCAGGGAUACAGUCAGUGAUGAACCACGCAAAAAUGAAAGGAUUUAGGAUGAAAUUACACAGACAACUUGCUCAACUUUUGGAGGAAGAGCUGUGUCGGAGGGGAACUUCUGUUGUACCUCCAGGUCAAGUGUAUGGAGGAUGGGGUGGCGGCGAAUUUGAAGAUAAGGAAAUAGUGUGGCCACCGACAGUGAUUAUCGUGAACACAGUGCUUGAGAAAGAUGAAAAUGACAAGUGGAUUGGAAUGGGGAAUCAGGAGUUGCGUGAUUAUUUCAGCUCUUAUGCUGCUGUCAAGACAGCGAGAAGCUCAUAUGGUCCACAAGGCCAUCGUGGUAUCAGUGUGUUGAUUUUUGAGACCACUCCGGUGGGAUACAUGGAGGCUGUACUUCUCAGUGAGCAGUUUUCUGGAAAAGGAAGUGAUAGAGAUGCAUGGGAACACAAUCCAGAUCGCUUUUAUCCUGGGGGGAAACGUAAGCUUUAUGGUUACAUGGCAGAGAAAAGAGACAUGGACAACUUUAACCGGCAUUCACAUGGGAAAUCAAGUCUGAAGUUCGAGAUUCGGUCAUUGAAAGAAACUGUUUGGAAUCCAGCUAUGCAGAUGUCGGAGGAUAAUCAAGAGCUCAUAUGGUUCAAGAACCAAGCCGCUAAGCACCAAAAGCGGGCCAAAGCUACUGAAGAGUCUCUAAGACUGGUGAGUGAAAAGCACCGUCAGACAAUUGAAGAGAACAAGAUUGUCAGACUGAGAACUAAGAUGCACCAUGAACGGAACAAGGAAGAGAUGGAGUAUCUAGAGCAGUUUUUCAACGAUCAGUUGAAAAUGAUUUACGAUGCCAGGACUGCUGAGGAGGACAAGUUUGAAAAGAUACAGCAGGAACAGCGUGAGAUGAUCUAUCAAUCUAAUGCAACUAUUUCUUUGGCUGAGGAUCAUCGACUCAGGGCAGAGAAAGUUGCGAAAUUUAUCAAACUUCAGGACAAUGAAAUGGAAGAAUUUGUGGAAGAGAAGGAUAGUCUGAUAAGAGCUCAUGAAGAUAGGGUAGCUGCAAUGAGACGCAAACACUGGCUGCAAUACUCGGAAGAGGCAGUUGCACUUGAGAAGUAUUUUGAUCUCGAACUGGCUAAGCUGAUGGGGAAGUACUCAUCAAAGCAAUCUGAGCAGGUCAACAGCAGUGAUGCCGAUCUUAUUGUCGAUCAGUCUAAUAUGAUGCCUCCUAUGGGAAAAAAGCAAACUUUGCAUCUCGAUGUACUUGGCAACCUUCCCGAGAAUGUUAUUGAUGAUAUUCUUAAGCAUUUGCCUUUACAAGAUGCUGUGAGGACAAGCUAAAAGGGAUUUAACAUACACUCUCUCUAUUCCUUGUUUGAAAUGUUGUCCCAAUAUUGACAACUUGAUUUAUUUCCUCUUUAGGAAUGGUAUUGAGCAUCUUGUUCUUGUACUUCCGAUGAACAGUGACUGAUACGAAUUGCCUACCUCAUUUUUAACAUGUACGCAAUUAAGGCAACUGGAUCUUGAAAAUUGUCUAAUACUUCCUCCACCAGCCUUUAGAGGAUUUGAUAGGUUAAUAAGCAAGAAAUUAGUUAAGGUCAAAUUUCAUCCAUAUUUCUUGAAAGUUUUGUCUUUACUUGCCCAUUGCUUGAAGAUUUGGUGCUGGAAAUGGUAGUUUCUUAUAGCGAUAUCGUUGAAUUUAAUGCUCCCCUGCUGAGAUCACUUGAUCUUACAGGCUGUACAAGAUCUAUCUUUUUAAAGAAUAUCCCCCUUCUUUCAAAACUUUCACUUAUGAAUGAUGCAUAUUCUUUGGGGACAGAAAAAUGGGAUAUUGUGAAGUUUUUCGAGUCUUGUUCUGCUCUCCAGCAUCUCGACAUGGAUUGCCUGUGCUUUGCUGCAGGAGCAGGUUUAUAACCAAUAAAGCUUCCUUUUACUCUGUCAAACAUUUUCUCUUAUCUGUUUAUCUGUGUCGAUUGGAUGAGGUUUCAUGUGCUCUUAGCUUGAUUAGAAGCUUCCCAUGUUUACAAUAUAGAGAAAUUCAGGCGUCUUAUGUGGGCGACGAUGAUGUGUCUGCUCUAGAAAUGACUUGAAGUGGAACAUUUCUCAGAUGUGACAUUUAAUCACCUCAAGGAAGUUAAGCUAAUGUACUUUAAUGGGUCAAAGCCUGAGUUGCAGCUUAUGAAGCUUUUACUAGCCUGAGUCUCCAGUGUUGUGAGCUGAAAAGUUUUUCUUUUCGAAUCUGGAGAUGGAUUUAAAAGGCAAUGCAAAGUAAAGACUUGAGAAGUUACAAAUAGUGGCAACAGCAAAAGCACUGAGGAUAUAGAAAGGCUGGUUACAUUCUUGGAAGAUAUGUCUCCAAAAGGUGUCAAAGGAAUUCAAUCAGGUGCUGAUGGAGAUAUAAUCAGCAACUUGCCACAGGAUGUGAUAGCUUGCAUCCUAGGGAAAAUGCCUAUACGCGAAGCUGUACGAACUAGUAUUCUCUCUAAAAAGUGGAGAUUUUUCUACUUAUAUAUUCAAAAGUUAGUAUUUGAUGACCAAUUCUGCAGAGAACUUGAAGGCUUCUUUGUGAAGAAAGGAACUUUUUCUUAUAUGCUCCAGUUCUAUCGAUUUGAUGAAAUUGUCACCAAAUCUCUUCUGCUACAUCCUGGUGAAAUAGAGAGUUUUAGAGUAUGCUUUCCUUAUGACACUUCACUGGUGCGUCCUGGUGUGAACAAAUGGAUAUUAUAUUUAUCUUGGAGGAAAAUCAAGAAAUUAACCUUAAUAAACAAGUAUGUUACUCGUCAUAAACUACCUCCUUAUUUCUUCUCUUGUGUGGACUUGACAUACUUGAAGCUCCAUAAUUUUGUUCUGUCAGCACCACUAGAGUUUAAAGGCUUCCUAAAUCUGUACCAAUUACUACUUAAGGGGGUUGAGUUCACGGACAACUGUUUCGAAAGAGUUAUUUCUAGCUGCCCCGUUCUUAAAACACUAUCAUUGCAUCAUUGCUUUGGUAUUCAUCAUUUUAAUAUCAGUGGUUCUAAUCUCAAGAGGUUGCUUAUCAAGGACGAUGAGAAAUUCAAAUCAAUCUCCUUAGACAAUGCUUCUAACUUGUCUAAGUUUCUGUUUCAUUGGAGAGAGUUGUAACACGCACACCUGUUACUGAUUUGGUUACAUUUGUGAGUACCCUGCCUAAAGUCAAAAUACUUCGUCUUAAUGGCAUGUUUCUGCAGCUCCUAGAUGAAACUCCUGUUCUGCCAACGUUAUCGCCAUCGUCAGACUCUCUAAAGAUUCUUGAACUCAGAGGUGUGAACUUUAUGGACUUAAAUCAAAUAUCUGUAGUUGUCUGCCUACUUAGAAGUGCUCCCAACUUGCAAGAACUCUAUGUAGAGGCUUCUACAAUCGAGCUAAACCAGGAACAAGUCUCGGGUUAUCUAAAAUGCUUGGACUGCACAACUUUUCCCCUUAGCAAGCUUCAUCUGGUCAAAUUAACGAAUAUCUCAGCUUUCAUUCCUGAGUUUGAGUUUAUGCGAUUCAUUCUCUUUAGCUCGCCAUCAAUUGUGAUAAUGAACAUCCUGGAGCACCCAGAGCUUGAGGCAGAAAAAGCAUUGAAUAUAGCUAGGAAGCUGCUCCAGUUGCGGUCACCAUCAGCAGUGUCUAUAGAUUUCUCUAGGGAUAAGUAGUAUCAUAAUCUGAGUUUCAGGGAACUGGCAUUGGUGCAUGACCUGUGGUAUGUUGACGUUCCAAUUCUUUUGGUUGGCUAGGAUAAAAGAAUUCAGACGAAAUACUUAAUUAUGUGCAGAAGAAAAGAAUUUCCCCUUUAAGUCAUUCUAGCUAACAAGAUGCGUGACAUUUAUAGUAAGUUUGGUAAUACUUUACUUGCUGCACAGCUGACAUUUAUGAUUUCAAUUCUUAGUCCUUUCCUUCAA